AGCCCCACAGCUUGGACAUCCUGAUCACCGGGCUGAACGAGCCGGACGGGACUCACAGGUUCUUCAUGCUCGCCAGGCUGGAUGGGCUGGCGCUCGCCUCCUACAGCAGCGACACCCGCGAGGUGAAACCCCUCAGGGAGUGGGCAGCGCAGGCCGUUGGCGCGAGCUAUUUAAGGAAGAAGACGCAGGAGUUCAGGCUCUAUGAGGCCAUCUCCCGAGUGGUGACUCACCGCUGGAUGGCGCAGCAAAAUCAGACCGGCGGGAUCCACACCCUGCAGCUGCACGUGAACUGUGCGCUGGACGGGGACACCCCCGUGCGAGGGCAGUUUCACUUUGCUUUCGACGGGCAGGAUUUCCUCAUCCUGGAGAGAAACCAAUCCGCGUGGGUGCCGCUGGCGCCGGGAGCCUCCAACGAGACGCACUUCUGGAACGCUGGCCACACCUGGACCCUGUUUGCAAAGGAGUUCCUGCAGGAGGAGUGCGUGGACACCCUGAAGAGCCUGCUGCGGGGCGGGAUGGAGGCUCUGGGACGGCAGGUCCCCCCAGGGAUCUCGGUGACCUACAGAGACGCCCCUGCCGGCUCCGCCACCCUCUCCUGCCACGCCAGGGGCUUUUACCCCCGUCCCAUCCACGUCUCCUGGGUGCGGGACGGGGCGGAGAUCCUGCCGCCCAUGAACGCCAGCGGGAUCCUGCCCCACGCCGACGGCACCUACCAGAUCCGGCAGUCCCUGGAGAUCCCCCCGCGGUGGGGCCACGGCUACGCCUGCCGGGUGAACCACAGCAGCCUGGGGGAGCCGGCGCCCCCCACGGCCCUGCCCGAGGUCUCGGUUUCCCGCAGAGACACCCCCGACGGCUCCGCCACCCUCUCCUGCCGCGCCAGGGGCUUUGACCCGCGUCCCAUCCGCAUCUCCUGGGUGUGGGACGGGAAGGAGACCCCGGCGCCCCCCAUUGGCGACGCGUCCCAGCUCCAGAGAUCCGUGGGGAUCCCGCAGCAGGGUGGGGAUGGGCACAGCUACUCCUGCCGCGUGCAGCACCGCAGCCUGCAGGAGGCGCUGGCGACCCCGG